AUGGGUUCAUCUGGUUCAAAAUCGACCACAGCCACUACCACAUCGCAUAGUAGCACGACUACUACUAGUAGCACAACCAGUACAACUACGCCUACUACCACUAGCACGACAAGCACGACAAGCACUAAAGUUACAACUAGCCCAGAAAUUAUUGUCAGUAGUUCUAGCACAUUAGUUUCUUCUGUUGUACCCGAGUUUACUUCUAGCUCGUCGCUCUCCUCUGAUACAAUUGCCUCAAUUCUAUCAUCGGAGUCAUUGGUUUCCAUUUUUUCUUCUCUUUCUUACACAUCAUCCGAUAUUUCUAGUACAUCAGUCAACGAUGUCGAAUCAUCAACCUCUGGCCCCUCAAACUCAUACAGUGCGCUUUCCUCCACAAAUGCACAACUGUCCAGCUCCACUACAGAGACUGACUCCAUAAGUAGUAGUGCUAUUCAAACAUCUUCCCCGCAAACCAGUUCAUCAAAUGGAGGUGGUUCCUCUUCGGAGCCAUUGGGAAAGUCCUCUGUCCUUGAAACUACUGCUUCAUCUUCUGAUACAACUGCAGUCACAUCCUCCACAUUUACCACGCUUACUGACGUUUCAUCUUCUCCAAAGAUAAGUUCCUCAGGAUCGGCUGUCACUUCAGUUGGUACUACUUCCGAUGCCUCAAAGGAAGUUUUUAGUUCAAGCACGUCCGAUGUUUCUUCCCUACUAUCAAGUACUUCCAGCCCCGCAAGCUCUACUAUUUCUGAAACCCUACCAUUUUCCUCUACAAUUUUAUCCAUCACUUCCAGCCCAGUAAGUUCAGAAGCUCCAUCGGCAACGUCUAGCGUAAUUAGUUCAGAAGCUUCAUGGGCAACGUCUAGCUCAGUGAGCUCGGAAGCUCCAUUGGCAACGUCUAGCGUAGUGAGUUCAGAAGCUCCAUCGUCAACGUCUAGCGUAGUGAGUUCAGAAGCUCCAUCGUCAACAUCUAGCUCAGUGAGUUCCGAAAUUUCGUCAACAACAUCUAGCUCAGUAAGUUCAGAAGCUCCAUUGGCAACGUCUAGCGUAGUGAGUUCAGAAGCUCCAUCGUCAACAUCUAGCUCAGUGAGUUCCGAAAUUUCGUCAACAACAUCUAGCUCAGUAAGUUCGGAAGCUCCAUUGGCAACGUCUAGCGUAGUGAGUUCAGAAGCUCCAUCGUCAACAUCUAGCUCAGUGAGUUCAGAAGCUCCAUCGUCAACAUCUAGCUCAGUGAGUUCAGAAGCUCCAUCGUCAACGUCUAGCUCAGUGAGUUCGGAAAUUUCGUCAACAAAAUCUAGCGUAAUGAGUUCAGAAGUUUCAUCGGCAACGUCUAGCCUAGUGAGUUCGGAAGCUCCAUCGGCAAUUUCCAGCUUAGCAAGUUCUAGACUGUUUAGCUCUAAAAAUACAUCAGUUACUUCUACUUUGGUUGCUACAGAAGCUUCGUCAGUAACUUCUAGCCUAAGACCUUCUAGUGAGACAUUAGCAAGCAAUUCAAUCAUUGAAAGCUCUUUGUCGACGGGUUACAAUUCGACCGUUUCUACCACAACAUCCGCCGCAUCUAGUACACUUGGAUCUAAGGUUUCGUCAAGUAAUUCCAGAAUGGCCACUUCCAAAACCUCAUCUACUUCCUCCGACUUGAGUAAGUCUAGUGUAAUAUUCGGCAAUAGUUCUACCGUUACAACCUCUCCAUCAGCGUCUAUCAGUUUAACCGCAUCUCCACUUCCAUCGGUCUGGUCUGAUAUCACCUCUUCGGAAGCUUCAUCAAUUUCCUCUAACCUGGCUAGCUCCAGUGCGCCAUCUGACAAUAAUUCCACCAUUGCAAGUGCCUCGCUGAUUGUCACCAAAACAAAAAACUCAGUCGUUUCAUCAAUUGUCUCUAGUAUAACUUCUUCUGAAACUACAAACGAAUCCAAUUUGGCCACAUCUAGUACAUCGCUUUUGAGUAAUAAAGCUACUGCCCGUUCUUUAUCAACAUCCAACGCUACAAGUGCUUCUAACGUUCCAACAGGCACAUUUAGCUCCAUGAGCUCUCAUACUUCGGUGAUAACUCCCGGCUUUUCCACCAGUAGUGCGUCACUCGCAAUUAAUUCAACUGUCGUUAGCUCAUCAUUGGCAGGUUAUAGUUUCUCGACACCUGAAAGCUCUCCAACUACUUCCACUUUGGUUACUUCAGAGGCUCCUUCAACCGUUUCCAGUAUGACCACAAGUGCCCCAUUUAUAAAUAAUUCUACCUCUGCUAGACCUUCGCCAAGUACAGCUAGUUUCAUUACUGAAUCCACUUCAAGCAUUUCCAGCGUGCCAUUAGCGAGUGGCGACGUCACUUCCUCAUUAGCGGCCCACAAUUUAACUACUUUCAGUGCUCCUUCAACAUCCAGUGCACAACUUGUAAGCAAAUCAACUACCUCUAGCUCCAUCCUGGUCACACCCAGAAUCGACAGGUCUGGAAAUUCCUCAACUGCCUCUAGAAUUGCAACAUCACUCCCUAACAAAACUACAUUUGUUUCUUCCCUAAGUUCAACAUCCGCUCAUGCCAGAAAUAUCUUUAAUUCAACUGUUCUAGCUACUGCUAAACAAAUUGAAACUUUAACUUCAACAGUCAAUUGCAGCAACCCUACUCCUAAUUACAACAUAACCAAAACAGUAAUCGUAAGUAGGGAGACUACUGCCAUAGGAACUGUUACAAGUUGUUCGGGUGGUUGCACCAAGAAUAGAAAGUCAACCACACUUAUUACUAUAACAGAUAUUGAUGCUUCUACUGUUACUACUUGCCCAGAAAAAGAAGUAACAUCGACCACAAGUGGAGAUGAGGCAGAACAUACCACUAGCACUAAAAUAAGUAAUUUCGAAACGUCCACGUUUUCGGAAAGUUUUAAGGAUAUGAAGACUUCUCAGGAAACUAAAAAAGCUAAACCAGGAUCAGAAACGGUGAGGAGCUCGUCAUCUUUUGUCGAAAAAACCUCACCAACAACAAAGGCUUCUCCAUCAACUUCCCCAUCAGAAAGUAAAGCUGCAGGAAAUACAUCCGUUGCAACGAAUGCUUCACCAUCAACUUCCCCAUCAGAAAGUCAAGGUACAGGAAGCACAUCUGUAGAGGGAGCAAAAAGCAAGUCAACUAAAAAUUCAGAAGGAGUAUCAACCACUAAAGCGAAAAACACAUCAACUGUUGCGAAAUCUUCAACUGAAAGUCCGAUCGGGAGGGGUGAAACUACCCUUGAAACGAUAAUUGUCUCGAGCCAAAAGUCGCUAUUAACAUCACAACUAAGUUCAUCCACUGAAAAGGUAAACAGAUCUACCACCAAACCUACGGCAGCGAUUCAUGGAACAUCCUCAUCCGCUAAACAAAGCACAACAUAUACUGUCAGCACGGCAAAAGAAAAUACCGGUGCAUCCCUGAACAUUAACAUGAAAGCUUUUGUUAUUGGCGCUAUUGCUUUGGUAGCUUAG